GGAGGAAGGCCGUAAAUCUGGAUCCAAAAAGCUACUUCGAAUAGAUCAUCUCGACGCACCUGUCUCCCUGGCUCCGUUGCUUGUAGCACCAUCACAUGAUUUACAAAAUACCACGGACCAUUGGUAAGUACUCGUUGCAAGUCAACUGGGUGGAAGAAGUAGAAAGCGAAAAGGUUAUCGCCCAAGAUUCUCAUGUGCAUUCCUUUAACUGGCCGCCAAAUCUCUGCAAGGGUGCGCUCCAUGGCUUCCAAGUUAUACCUCUUUUGGAUGAGUACAGUACCAACCAGGCACCACCUUGUUUCCCCGCCAGCCGGCUCAGAUAUCCAUCUCCCUCAUCUAGUGCCAGAUCUACCUCCUCGUCCUUCGUCAACGAUAGUCCCAUCUCCAAAGCUCGCGCAAGGGCACCAACGCUUGAUUCUGCCAUCGCUACGCUGUUCGUUGCUCGUGAUUGUGCUAAUAGAGAUUGAGAUGAAAACAAAUGCUGAAAAAACGGCUCCCACACAAAGGAGAGAAAAAAACACUCCCACAAAGGAGAGAAAAAGUUUCUCUGUUAUUAUUACGACUUCAAACUCAUGUACUUUGAUGCUGUUAAAAACAAUUAUAAAUGGUUGCAAGUAAUAUAGUUAUUAGAUGCAC